UCUUUAGGGGAACUCAUGGAUUAUUCUACUAAUGUAACAUAUUUAUUUUUGGAGGGGCAUGUUGAACUGCAUAAGUACAGAUAUUUUUAUUUUACAAUUACUUUAACUGUCUAUUUUUUGAUUAUUUGCUUUAAUGCUGUUGUCAUUUCUGUCAUUUACACAAACAAACAUCUCCAUGAGCCGAUGUACAUAUUCAUUGCUGCUUUACUUUUUAAUUCUCUUUUUGGAACAACUGCACUUUAUCCUAAACUGCUGAGUGAUUUUCUGUCUGAAAGACAAAUGAUCUCUUACCAAGCAUGUCUGUUUCAGGCUUUUUGCAUUUAUACAUAUGCUGUGUCAGAGUUCACACUGUUAUCAGCUAUGGCCUAUGACAGAUAUGUGUCCAUAUGUAAACCAUUACAAUAUGCAACCCUUGUAAAAAUUUCCACUGUCAAAAAGGUCUUAUUUUUCUGUUGGUUUUGGCCUUCCUGUGAAACUGCUGUGGCAAUAAUACUGACAUACCGACUUCAACUGUGUAAAUUCAAAUUAGACAGAAUAUACUGUAAUAAUUAUUCAGUUGUUAAAUUGAGUUGUGGAGACACAUCUGCGAACAAUUUAUAUGGACUGUUUGGUUUAACUGUUAUUGUAUUUCCACCAGUGAUCUUCAUAAUCUACUCCUAUGUUAGAAUACUUGAUGUCUGUUUAAGAAAUUCAAAGGACUUCAGAAGAAAAGCUCUACAGACCUGCUUUCCACACCUUUUCAUUGUCAUUAGUUUUACUGUGACCUCCUGUUUUGAAAUUAUUAACCUCAGAUUAGAAGCAAAUGUACCUCACAUCUUUGCCAUGAUAGUAUCUGUUGAAAAUCUGGUCAUUCCUCCUUUAAUCAAUCCUAUUAUGUAUGGUCUGAAACUGCAGGAGAUUUUGAAUAGGAUCAAGAGAAUGAUUUGGAAAAGGAAGACAAAUGCAGCUCUUUAG